AAAAAAAAAAAAAAAAAAGUCAAGUUCGGUAAUAGUAAUACUAGUAUUUAUUCAUGAGUGUUUCUGUGCCACGCCUUUCUAAGGAAUCUAAAUUUUUCCACCUCUACUUCAACUCAAUAGCCACCGCAAUUUCUCGAUUUCCGUCAAAUUCUUGUCGGUGCUCCGGCAAUAAUUUCUUCAAUCUUUGCUUUGUUUUCCAUAAUUUGUAACUAAGAAUUUAGGGUUUUUUUUUUUAGCAAUUUUCGCCAAUCGACGAUAACUUCUUCAACCUUUUUUGAACUCAAUCUUUUUUGUUUGGCAUAAUUCGUAUUUAAGGGAUUAGGGUUUUUGUUUCAGUAAAUUUCCCCAAUCUGGGAUAAUUUUCUUCAACCUUUUUUGAACGCUCAAUCUUUGCCUUUUGGAACAGUUCGGCUGUAAGAAAUUAGGGUUUUGUUUUAGCAAAUUUCUACAAAUGCAUAGAUUUGGUGUAAUUGACGAAAAGCCAUUGAGAUAACCCUAAAUUUUACCUCACCUCAAAUGUUGAGUUCCUCCUCUUCUAUUCUCUCUAAUCGUCCCCUAACUUUACCUUCUCUGUCCAGAAUCAAGCUUUCUAAUCGUCCUACUAAGUUGUUUCCGCUUAAUCGGAGCUUUCGUGUUACUGAUUCUCAUUUCAGCUCUUCAAAAACUAGAUGGAAAAUUUGUUGUUUUAGGCAAGAGGAGUUUUCAGCUGAGAAUUUGCAUCAAGAGGUAGUUGGGGAUGUUUCAGCUGAUGAGUUGGUGAAGCCAAAGGUUGAUAAUCAGGGAAUUGUGAAGAAGGAUUGGGCUUCGUGUCUCCGCGAGGCUGCUGUUUCCAUUUUUGGGGCAUUCGGUGACCGUUGGACUGUACCAUGGACAGGAGAAACCAUACUACAAGUUAUGCUUUUAUGGAUUGCCUCAUUUUGGUUUGUGGGUUCUUGGAUGAUGCCAUUUGCAGCACACAUUGCUGGCUUCAGUAAAGAGUCUUUGACAUACAGGGGACAAGCAUUAUACAGCUUAUUGACCGAUGUAACUGAAGGCCUAGCAGGUAUUGCCAUCCUUCACCGAUGUCUGUCUCGCUUUCGUCCACUUCCUCCAGGAUGGUUUAAAUUCAGCCUGAAAGGAAAGUGGCAUUUGGACGUUGCCCUCGGAUGCCUAAUGUUUCCCUUGGUCAACCGACUUUCUCAAUUCAACCUCGACAUACUACCUCUACUGCCAUCAACUCCCGUCACUCUUUCAAGCGUCGAGCAGUCGAUCUUAGCAAGGGAUCCAGUAGCAAUGGGAUUGUACAUUAUGGUUGUUUCUGUAUGCGCUCCCAUAUGGGAGGAGAUAGUCUUCCGAGGUUUCCUUCUACCCUCGUUAACAAAAUACAUGCCUGUAUGGUGCUCAAUUCUGGUAAGCUCAAUUGUCUUUGCUCUAGCACAUUUCAAUGUACAGAGGAUGCUACCACUUAUUUUUCUAGGGGUUGUCAUGGGUGCUCUCUUUGCUCGGACGAGGAACCUUGUGCCGUCCAUGUUGUUACACAGCCUGUGGAAUGCAUUUGUAUUUUUAGAUCUAAUGAAGUAACACCUUACAAGUUACAACUUGACCUGAAAUAUAAACAAAUAAUUCAUUGGAAAUUCAAGCAUUGUGGAAGAAAUACCUUCUCAAUCGAAACGUGUUUCGCCUUUCUAGCAGAUUCAUUGCAUAGUUUUAAUGUAUUGGAUACUAAUUAAACCAUGGAAAUGGCAAACUUUCUGAAGGUAGUC